GGCAGUUGGCUUUUUGGCGGGCUUUUUAAAUCGACCGCCUCAGCCCCAUCUCUUCACCCAGGACAGGGCUUUAAAGCCCGUUUAUUACUGUAGUUCUCCCCGCCCCCCACGGGGAAGGGUGUUUCCCUCAACACCUCCUGCAGCUGCCUUCUCCCGCACACCUUAGCUCUGGAUAGAUUACCUUUUUUUUUACCUGAACCCCAAGACAGAAAAAAUACUUCAACCCCGCCUCUCUGCAAUCACACAAGAAGAGGAGCUGGGUUUAUCAAUUGAAAGGACAGGUCUAGUCCUUUUCUUCCUCCAGCCUCACAAGUGUGUUUUCCGCAAUGGGUUCUAGUCCCACGAAACCUAGUUAAAAUGUAGACGUAACUGAAAUAAAACUUCCACAGGCUGAUCCUGGAAUAGUUAAUACACGGUUGCUUGUUUGGAUAUUGUGAAAGCAAUGAAGAGGAAUUUAACUGACAACUCAACUCGUAGUGCAGCAGGUUGUUUUCCUGUGCCACUGUUCAAUCAGAGAAAAAGGAAUAGACAGCCCCUAACUUCAAAUCCGCUUAAAAAUGAGCCAAGUACAAGUUCCACGACGCAUAGCUAUGACUUUUCUCCCACAACAAUGGAAUCAGGCUGGAAAGUUGCAAAGCCAGAGGUCCCUCAGCUACAGAAAACAGUACACAGUGGAGCAGAAGAAAAGAAUAUCAACACAAGGGUUUGGAACAGAAAUAAGUAUAUGCCUCUAAACAGCACAUCAGAUUUAAUAUCUGAUAGUGAAAUAAUUCAGAAGUUUGACAAAAUUUCCAAUACUUUGAGAACUGUUCAGCAGCACAAACCUGACCAUAAGGCAUCACAGCAUGCAGAGACAACAGAAACGGGACAAAUGGACUCUGUCACAGCACAGCGGUCAGUUAAACCGAGCACCACGUCAAGAAGUUUACAGGAUCAUAGUCUGGCAUAUAAAUUUAAACGCAAUUUUCCACAAAGUAAAGUUAAUGACAAACAGUUUGAUCAUGUCCCAGAAGACAACACUAUUCAGAAAGUUCCAGCAAACCACUUAAAACUUAAAGAAAAGGACAAUUCUCUGAGAAUUAUAUCAGUAGUUAUUGAGAGUAUGAAGCACUGGAGCCAGUACACUUAUAAAACUCCACUACUGUUUGAAGUGCUAGGCACACUUGAUUCUGCAGUCACACCUGGAGCAUUUGGAGCAAAGAAUUUUCUUUUGAGAGAUAAAAAGGAGAGUCUGACAUGUGUAUUUUAUGAAAUUGAUCGGGAGCUUCCAAGAUUAAUUAGAGGUCGAGUGCACAGGUGCAUGGGAAACUACGACACAAAAAAGAACAUCUUUAAGUGUGUUUCUGUAAGACCUGCAACGCUUGCAGAACAGCAGACUUUCCACGAAUUUGUCAGGAUCACAGAUGUCGAGAUGGGAGAAUAUGUAAAAACAAUGAAUGAAGUUUAAAGUAAUUCUAAUUCCCGUAGUAGUUUAGAGUUGAGAUUAGACUCUUGUUGAUCUGUUAGCAUACCUGCUGCAUAUCUUGACACAUUUAACAAAGCUCCUUUCAGCAGUAUAGGCAACACUUAAAAGUACUGUCAUACUGUGUGCUAUAUAAAAAUGAAAAUAUCAUUCUGGUUUGUCUUGGCAUAUCCUCAUUUAUCUGUCAUGGAUUUUUGUUGUGCAAUGUAUUAUAUUGUACUGAAAGAAACUGAUGAAAAUUAAAAC